UAGGCUUCGCCGUGAUUGGACGCAUCUCUCGGCAAUUUACGAACAUCUCUAAAGUGUCACGAUCCCCCGCCUCAGAGUAACUUUAUAGGGACAUUGAAGUGGUUCUGUCCGAGCAACGGCUCUUCAUCCAUCGAUUUCCUCCGUUCAGUAGCAGAGCAUUCCUAGUCUUUUGCGUCACGAAUAGCGAUUAAAACUCACCAAGCUAGCAUAACCUUCCCCCUCUGGCCACCACAUCUAAGCUGUUUGUAAAUCUCAUAACAGGCAACGUAUAUAAACAGGAGAGCCGCAACCUCACGGAACAACGAAUGGAAAAUAAACGUCUACUUUUUUUAACUUCCUUAGACAACUUUGGACGCUUUAGGCGAAUUUGUUUUGUUUUUCAUCAAUAGCAGUUAUUGUUAAAGCCACUGAACCUUGCAAUAGCAGGAUAUUUCUACUGGAUUAAUUAGGGUUCGAAUCACCUGUCGGAUUGAUUUCACCCCUAACUAUCUACAACAUGAAUUAUGGCCGCAACCAUGUUAUACUAUGCUAAAUGUAAUGGAGCAGUAUAAACAUCUUACGGAAAACCUGGGAGCAGCAAGCUGUGGAUGAUACAAACCAUUUUCUUUUGGAUAUUAAGGUAUCAAGGAAAUUCCAAGUGGAGUCAACCGAUAGUAUUGAUCUUCCAAAGACCCACCAACGGGACUUUCAUGACUAUACAGAUAUUUUUGAAUACAUAAAAUGAAAUUUUAUCGCCAUCUUCACUUGAUCUAGCGGUAGAAGAUUCCUAUUAUUUCCCUUGACAACAGAGAAACAAAGGAAGCGUUUUCAAAUCGAUAUCUACUUUAGAUGUAAAACUGUCAAGUCUUUGGUGAACAACACAUGGGCAGUGUACGUGCACCGAAUUACAAUUUGCGCUUUAAAUAUUAAAGUAUUUCGAUCUCCAUGCAGGUGAAGGGUUUUUACUCGAUGCAAUCUUGCUUCAAGCCAUUUGAAAGAAGCACCUGGAUAUUGAUAUCUCUUUUCAUUUGAUCAGAAGGAGGAAUACUAUCUCAUAAUGAUCUGUAGAUGUGAUUGACUACUGCAGCUGGAGCAAGACUCUUACAUCAGAUUGUCGUUUGUCUCUAGAAUCUUAGUUCUUUAAUACUUAUUCCGAAAGUAACAUUUAUUUUCAUUUUAACAAUGGCGGGAACUCCUUGGCUAUACAAUUCACUGCCUAACAUUUCAAGCAACAGUUCACUUUUAAGCAAUUCAUCUUUAGAGCUGGAUGAUGAUGUCAUGUUCAAUUCGUUUCUCGUCUCCGGAUUCCUGUGUAUUUUCGUUGUUGGUGUCUUUGGAAAUAGCAUCGUUAUUUUGCUGACAUUCCGACCAACUUGCAGUGUAAGCGUUAACACUAUCAACACCUACAUCGUCAAUGUUGCCUUUUCGGAUUUGUUGUAUAUCUUUGGCUGUCUGUUUUACACUCUAACGAAUUACAAUCAGAAAGGUUGGAUGUUUGGAGAUAUCGGUUGCAGGCUAAUUUUGGGUCAGGAUAUUUUAACCAUGCACGUGAGUACAUUUAUCCUAACUAUCAUGAGUGUGGAGCGUUAUGUUGCAGUCGUGCACCCGAUGAUCUCCUUACGCUACCGAAGCGUUGGCUUUGCUCGUCGGAUCAGUGCGGUGGUGUGGCUUACAGGUGUGGUGAUUACUUUGCCCAUGGUGAUCUACAUGACCGAGGUGCGCAUCGGUGACAGGGACAAGUACUCCUGUACUUGGACGCUGGAAGCUGACCGGUCUCUCCCGAACUACAUGCUCGCCAUCUUUCUCAUCACAUUCCUCAUUCCCUCUAUCAUCACUGCCUCCGUUUACAUUCUUCUCCUGUUCCAUUUUCUAAACCUGGUCAGUCCCGCCCAUUCUGCCAAUCGCCGAAUCAAACGCUCCAAGCGCAAGGUGGCCCAGAUUAUCUUCGUCAUCGUAUUCAUCUUCUGGGUUUGCUACAUUCCCUUCUGGACCUACCAGCUGAUAAUCUUAAGAGACGUGAACUUUGAUUCUAACAACAUCAUGGGACUUGUCACUUUGGUUCUGUCCUAUCUGAACUCCUGCGUCAACCCAUUCCUAUACACACUCCUACCCCGACGUUACAACAUGUGGAAGAGGAUAUGUAGCAGUCGAAGUCGACGGACAUACACUCCAGUGCAUGUCCAGCUAGGAGUCGUCAAGAGAAUAGGCCAUGCCCACAAUGGACACGCAGUCCUAUGAACUUUACGUCGGGUGCAGUUACCUGAACCCGAAACAUGUUCAUCUAGCACCUCAUGAACUCUUCUCAGAUAGAACUUUUGAUCGGCCUAUACAUAAAUGUGCCUUUCUCGACUUCCUGGGAACAGAAAAUAUAUUUUUAAUUUUACAUCGUUCCCUCUGACCCCAUUAAAUUUCAUACUUAUCAGGACAUGUUAUCAAAAGUUAUGCAGCUCUAGGUCUCCACCAAAAAUGCCACAGGUCAAGAAAAUCACAAUGACCGGGUAAAUCUUAAUUUUGGCGAUAUACAGAUUACAAUUGAUAGAUGCUAGAAAUGCAUCUUAAAUGCAAUAUUAUAAUUUUACGGGAAACUAUGAUUUUAUUCCUUUAGGUCUUUGUGAAGAUGUGUUGUUAGGUGUAUAGUUUAUGUAUUAGUAGAAAUGACAUAUUAGACUGAAUUAACGUUUUGUAAAUGUUAAAGUAUGUUAAAGAUUAUUAUUUCGAAUUUCUUUUUACUCAUCCGUUCUAAAUAAAACCAAUAGGGUGUAUUUUGAUAGCCAUUGUUUAGUUAAACCUGUGCCAACUUAGACCACACUUAUAUAAAGUGAUAGUUGUCAACUGAUUCACCAAUCGAAAAUGAUUCUCAUUUUGCUUUAAAAAACAACAACAUAAGAAUAGAAUUGGAAACACAAAAAUAUUGGGAAUUAAUUGAAUGAAUGGAUACGUCAUUCAUAUUAAUAUAUGGAAGAAAUAUUAUGAAGAACAGCAUUUCGUUGAAGUGUGGUUUAAAAUCCUAGUUUGGGCUAGGGUCAAACUUAGGUUUUAUCAUGCCACCAAUCAACUAAUACUUACAACAAUAAUGGUA